AUGCACAACUCUGGGUUUGGCUUGUAUAUAGCCACCGAAGAUAGUAAGUUUGAAUCGCAGUUUUGCCGAAUUUUUCCGGCUUAAAACGGGGUGGGAGGUAAGACGACAAAAUUUUAUUUGCUCAAAGAAUCGGGCCCCUUUGAAUAGUAAAAGCCCCAGGGGCUUUUAUCUUGAACGGCCUAAAAAGGUCCGAAAAAAAAUAUUCCAUUAACGUAUACGUUGUCCGACGUAUAGGUAUACGUUGAAAAAGUCGCCUAACCCCCCCCCCCUUUAAAAAGUCGGCGCUGCGAAAUGCCGACAAGUAAAUUCCGCCCAACCCUACCAUACUUGAACUAGUCGCUCCGAGGACCCCUGAGUUAGGGGCCCUUACCCAAUUUUUGCUGAUUUUUGAUCCGUAAAAAUCCAAAAUUUACAAAAGUUAAACCACCUUCCUUCAAAAAUUCACCUAAAGUUAACCCACCCAUACAUGAUCUGAGGCUCCGAGGAAGGAGGAAGCUGGGUUAACUUUAGGUGCAUUUUUGAAGGAAGGAGGGGGUUAACUUCUGUAAAUUUUGGGACUUUUUAUGGUUUUACGGAUCAAAAAUCAGCAAAAAUUGGGUUAGGGCCCCUAACUUAGGGAGGGGGGUUAACUUUUCGAAAAUUUGGCCUGGAAGACGGGGGUGAGGGGUUAACUCAGGGGUCCUCGGAGCGACUAGUUCAAGUAUGCGCUCGAAACGUAUACUUGAACUCCGCCCCAAUCGGUGUAUUCAGCAACCAUUUCAAAAUUUCAUUUUCAACGUGUUUCAUUCAGUUCCCGGUUUUCGUCAAGCAUCCGAAAUAGAUGAGGAGGAUCCAAAAACAAAAAUUCAACUUGAACUUUUAUCAUCUUGCUUAUAUCUAAGGGAUUUGAAAAACAAUAAUACAAAUUACGGUGUUGAUGAUCAAGGAGAAUUGAGGAUUGUUGAUUUUGAAGUGAGUUUGAAUGUUUUUAGUUUUGCAAAAUUACUGACUAUUUAUCUAGAUUCACGCUCACAAACAAAACUCACAAAAAAUUGCCAACAACUUUUUCUCUCGAAAUAAGCAAUUACGUUUCGAUGUUGGAAAAGCUGCAUUUUUAUCUUGGGAUCUAUUGAAAAAUAUUGAUUUGGCCAAUGCCAGUAUUGAAGACCAAAAGAAGCUGUUGAAUAAACAUUCCAUUACGUUCACAGUAGACCGGAAUUUUGACGAUUAUUUGACUGCAAUCAAAAAGAAUGUUACUUUAAUUGCAAAAUAUUUCGAAUGA